AUGCCCAUCGUACCAGAAGUCCUUUCGGAUCUUUCGUUGUCAUCAACCAUGAGAGCGGUUUGUGAUAUGUCAUCACGUGAACCUCAUUCGCCAAGAGGUCUGUUCACCACCUUUUCAUGGCCCAAACGAUCGCAAGUCAUUCUUUUUCCGUCGUGGAGUAUUUAU